CUUGAUUUCCGUAAAGGAAUUUAGUGUUAUAAUUUGUAGUUCUGUUUACAUAUUAUGAUUGGAAUCAAUGUUUUUGAACGAUGUAAUUUUUGAAACAUUAGAAGUGUCUGUUUCCUGCAAUCUAAAGGAUUAACAGAAAAUGUAGAUGUUUUCUAUGUUGACACGACUUUAAAUUCCAUUCAUUUCAAUGAUUUGGAUUGUGAACAAGUGGACAAAUUUUACAACACUCACAGACUAUAGAUAUAGAGGCUUCAUUGAGUGCAACCACUUUCUUUGAAAAGCAUCUAGCCUAGCUCUAAGCUAAAUCAAUUAAAAAUUUGUUGGAAAAGAUUAAAGAUAGUUUUAAGUUUAUAUAUUAAUUUAUGCGUGGAGUGGACUUGUAUGAAACACAUUUAAAAGUGGUAAAAAUCUGAUCUAGUCUACUAAAGAUUUGAUAGUAACACCAUACUUCUUUGGGUUGCUUCAGGUUCUGAAUACCAAGAAAGACAGAUUUUAUGGACCAUUUUUGACAAGGAUUUUAUCAUUUUUAUACUGAUAACUUUGAAUCACCAACUACAAAAAGUGUUGGAGGCCAUUAGAGGUCCUACCUACACUUACGUAAGUAAGUGUUUGAAAUUGAAAAAAGGGCUGAAGGCCAGCUUAGAUUGAAAAUAUGGCGAAUAAAAUCAAAGGAUUGGUUAGCAAAAAUAAAAGACGUUUCCAAGACUAUGGUUAUGAUUUGGAUUUGACAUAUAUUUAUCCAAAUAUAAUAGCUAUGGGGUUUCCAGCUAUGAGAUUAGAAGGUGUUUACCGUAAUAAUAUUGAUGAUGUAGUUGGGUUUUUAGAAGAAAGGCAUAGAGAUCACUAUAAAGUUUACAAUUUGUGCUCAGAAAGAAAAUAUGAUGCCAGUAAAUUUUGGUCCAGAGUGGCUAAUUAUCCUUUUGAUGAUCACCAUCCACCCAGACUAGAAUUAAUUAAACCAUUUUGUGAAGAUUUAGAUAAUUGGUUGUUAGAAGAUGAACAAAAUGUAGCUGCUAUUCAUUGUAAAGCUGGCAAGGGUAGAACUGGUGUUAUGAUAUGUGCUUACAUGUUACAUCGACAUAAAUUUAAAACAUCAGAACAAGCUCUUGAAUAUUAUGCUAAAACCAGAACCAGAGACCAUAAGGGAGUUACAAUACCAAGUCAAAGACGUUAUGUAAAGUAUUAUGAACACCUAGUGACACGACAGUUGGAAUAUAAACCUUGUAGUUUAUUAUUACAAAGAAUACGAUUUGAAACUAUACCAAUGUUUAAUGGUGCUACUUGUACACCUUGUUUUGAUAUCUAUCAAUCAGCUGUCAAAGUGUUUUCAUCACCAGUCUAUGAAGGUAUUAGAAAAGGAGAAACCUCCCGUGAUUUAGUACUAAUGCAGCCAGUACCAUUAUGUAGUGAUAUCAUGAUAGAAUUUUUUAAUAAAACCAAAAUGAUGAAAAAGGAAAAAAUGUUUCAUUUUUGGUUCAAUACAUAUUUUGUGUAUGAUUUGGAAGAGAUACCAAUGAACGGGUCAUCACAUGAUGAUAGUGCACAUAAACAUUACCUCACUGUUACUUUACCAAAAAUGGAUCUUGAUCGAGCAAAUAAAGACAAAUCUCACAAAUUAUUUAGUCCAAACUUUAAAGUAAGUAUCAACUUUUCAAGAAAUAUU